AUGGGAAGCCUCUCGGUUGACACAUCCAAUUUACAAAAGAGUAGUAGUAGUGCUACACUUGUUUGCACUCCUGUUCUUGGAACCACCGUUAAUGAGAUGUUGGUUGAUAUGGCAAGAGCCAAGGAAAUUGGUGCUGAUCUUGUUGAGAUUCGCCUUGAUUAUUUGACAAACUUCAACCCAAGAUUCCAUCUCCAAACCCUCAUCAAGCAGUGUCCUUUGCCCACUAUUGUCACCUAUAGACCGAAAUGGGAAGGCGGUCGAUACGAAGGAGAUGAAAACAGAAGACAGGAUGCUCUUAGCUUAGCAAUGGAAUUAGGGGCUGAUUACAUUGAUGUUGAACUUCAGGUUGCUCAUGAGUUCAACAGUUCCAUACAUGGAAAGAAGCCUGAUAAUUUCAAAGUCAUAGUUUCUUCACACAACUUCCAUGACACUCCAUCCUCUGAGGCAAUUGCCAAUCUCAUAGCAAGAAUACAAUCCACCGGAGCCGACAUUGCAAAGAUAGUGACCACUGCAUCAGACAUUACUGAUUGUGCCCGAAUUUUCCAAAUCACUGUCCAUUCCCAAAUCCCAACCAUAGGAAUCGCACUAGGCGAAAGGGGAUUGCUUUCGCGAUUACUUAGCCCGAAGUUUGGUGGUUAUCUCACCUAUGGUGCACUAGAUGCAGAUACUGUCUCGGCUCCGGGACAAACCACAGUAAAGGAUUUGCUAGAAUUGUACAAUUUCAGGCUUAUAAAACCAGAUACUAAAGUGUAUGGAAUUAUAGGAAAGCCGGUUGGACACAGCAAGAGUCCGCUUUUGUUCAAUGCAGCCUUCAAAUCAGUUGGGCUGAAUGCAGUUUAUAUGCACUUCUUGGUGGAUGAUGUUGAAAAGUUUUUCAAUACUUACUCAUCCCCUGACUUUGCCUCUGGAUGCAGUUGCACAAUUCCUCAUAAAGAGGCUGCACUUAAAUGCAUGGAUGAGGUUGAUCAUAUUGCUAAGAAAAUAGGAGCUAUCAAUAACAUUGUUAGAAGGCCUGAUGGGAAGUUAAUAGCUUUUAAUACUGAUUACAUCGGCGCUGUUACCGCUAUUGAGGAUGGAUUACGAGCCUUGGAGGGUGCAAAACCGGCACCCGGAUCGCCCUUGUCUGGGAAGCUGUUUGUUGUUCUGGGAGCAGGUGGUGCCGGGAAAUCACUUGCAUAUGGUGCUUCACAAAAAGGGGCAAGAGUUGUGGUAGCUAACCGCACAUUUGAACGCGCUAAAGAAUUGGCUAACAAAGUUGGAGGAAAAUCUCUGCCAUUGUGUGAAGUGGAAAAUUUCCAUCCAGAAGAAGGGAUGGUACUUGCAAAUACAACUUCUGUCGGAAUGAAGCCUAACAUGGAUCAAACUCCAAUACCUAAGCAUGCUUUGAAGCAUUAUUGUUUGGUGUUUGAUGCAAUCUACACACCAAAAGACACCAGGCUCUUGCGUGAGGCAAAAGAAGCCGGAGCUGCCAUUGUGUAUGGGACAGAGAUGUUGAUCCGCCAAGGCUUUGAACAGUACAAAAACUUCACUGGCUUACCUGCACCGGAAGAGUUGUUUAGACAACUUAUGGAGAAACAUGCAUGAUUUGGAAUUUGUGGGCACUAUUUGCAUUUUGUAGCAGUGAAUCAAGG